AUGACAUUUCUUUUGAUGGGCCGCUCUUUUGAUGGGCCUUGGGUUGGUAGCUAUCUCACGGAGCAAGGGCUGUCGAUAGGGUUCUAUGAGCGUGAUUUUGCUCCUCCAAGUAAAAGGGGAAUUAAGCAGGAGCCAGGAGCCAGGAGCCAGGAUUCUCUCUCAACAAGGGAUACUCGUGAUUCAGAGCUCUUAAAUUUCACGAGUUUCUUCUUUCCCUUCUGGCUUCAGACAUUCAGACAUGCCUCCAAAUCCCAGUUUUGGCUUUUCUUCACACCACCUUCAAAUACCCCCCAGAACCAUGCACGACAUCAAGCAACCCGGAAUCAUCAAGCAUUUGCUUCAUUUGCCAUGGCCGCCCAACUCCAGCUUUUCUUUCUCUGCAUAUUGUCCUUUUACUUCGGUUUCCUACAAGCUGAUCAUCUUGAAACCUACAUUGUUCAACUCCAUCCCAAUGGAAUUACCAGACCUUCCUUCAGCUCCAAGUUUCAUUGGCACUUGUCCUUCAUUCACAAAGCCAUUUCAUCUGAAGAAGACUCCGCCUCUCGCCUCCUGUACUCUUACCGCUCAGCCAUGGAAGGCUUUGCAGCUCGGCUGUCCAAGCUUGAGCUUGAGACUCUGCAGCGGUCCCCAGAAGUAAUAGCAGUCAGACCUGAGAGGAGAAUUGAGCUCCAAACCACGUACUCUUACAAGUUCUUAGGACUCAAUCCAACAGCGAACGGGAAUGCCAUUGGUGCCAUUCUCAAGUCUGGAUUUGGCAGGGGAGCAAUAAUUGGGGUGCUCGACACGGGAAUUUGGCCCGAGAGUCCGAGUUUUAGUGAUGAUGGCAUGCCCCCUGUGCCUAAAAAAUGGAGAGGAAUUUGCCAGCAAGGAGAAGACUUUAAUUCUUUGAGCUGUAAUCGCAAACUUAUUGGCGCCCGAUUUUUCACUAAAGGUUACCGUGCGGCUUCCAAGUCCUUGUCAACAGAUGAUGCCGUUGAAUAUGUGUCACCGAGGGACGGCCAGGGUCAUGGCACCCAUACAGCAUCGACUGCUGCCGGAACCCCAGUUCAAAUGGCUAAUGUUCUGGGCAACGGGGCAGGAGAGGCUCGAGGGAUGGCUCCAGGGGCGCACAUUGCUGUAUAUAAAGUUUGCUGGUUCAGUGGCUGUUACAGCUCUGACAUCCUAGCAGCAAUGGACGUAGCGAUCAGAGAUGGAGUGGAUAUACUCUCCCUUUCACUUGGUGGCUUCCCUGUUCCGCUUUAUGAGAAUACCAUUGCCAUUGGCAGCUUCCGGGCUAUGGAGCGCGGGAUAUCAGUUGUAUGUGCUGCAGGAAAUAACGGUCCAAUCCAAAGCUCGGUUGCUAAUGAAGCUCCUUGGAUUGCAACUAUUGGUGCUAGUACGCUUGAUCGAAGAUUUCCGGCUAUAGUUCAGCUUGGUAACGGGAAAUUUCUCUAUGGGGAAUCCGUAUACCCUGGAAAAGGAAUUCCAAGCGCUGAGAGAAAACUUGAGGCAGUCUACAUAACAGGAGGGCAGAAGGGAAGCGAAUUCUGCUUGGAAGGCUCUCUUCCUACCGCAAAGGUUCGUGGCAAAAUGGUAGUUUGUGAUCGAGGUGUCAAUGGGAGGGCGGAGAAAGGUCAGGUUGUGAAGAAGGCUGGUGGGGCUGCAAUGAUCUUAACAAAUACAGCAAUAAAUCUUGAGGAAGAUUCUGUUGAUGUCCAUGUCCUUCCAGCCACAUUAAUUGGUUUUGAUGAAUCAGUUCUGCUGAAAAGCUACAUAAACUCCACAAGGAGUCCGAUGGCACGAAUUAUAUUCGGAGGAACAGUAAUUGGGAAGUCUAGAGCACCUGCAGUAGCACAGUUUUCAUCGAGGGGACCGAGUUUUACUGAUCCUUCAAUUCUCAAACCUGAUGUUAUUGCUCCAGGGGUUAACAUCAUUGCUGCUUGGCCGCAGAAUUUAGGCCCCAGCGGCCUUCCAGAAGACAAUAGACGAGUGAACUUCACACUAAUGUCUGGCACUUCCAUGUCUUGUCCACACGUCAGUGGAAUUACUGCUCUCAUCCAUUCUGCUCACCCACAAUGGUCUCCAGCAGCAAUCAAGUCCGCGCUUAUGACAACAGCUGAUGUAACUGACCAUCUAGGGAAACCGAUAAUGGAUGGAGACCAUCCUGCAGGACUUUUCGCGACUGGAGCUGGACAUGUAAAUCCAAUUAGAGCCAUCAAUCCAGGGUUGGUAUAUGAAAUCCAGCCCAUGGAGUACGUAAUUCACCUCUGCAGUCUUGGAUACACAAGAUCUGAAGUUUUCAGCAUUAGUCACAGGAAUGUUAGUUGCCAUGACAUUGUGCAGAAGAAUAGGGGUUUUAGCCUCAAUUACCCCACUAUAUCUGUCAUGUUCGGGCCAAGAAUGACUGGUAAAAUGAUUAAGAGGAAACUCACAAAUGUUGGUAAUCCUAAUACGGUUUUCUCAGUUGAUGUGAUGCCACCGGACGGUGUCAAGGUGAGGGUUAAGCCACGACAGCUGACAUUUACACACACAAAUCAAACGAUGAGUUACAGAGUUUGGUUAAUGUCGAGGAGAAGAAAUGGAAGCGAGGGGACGAAUUUUGCUCAAGGGAGUUUGACUUGGUUCAACAGCAGACAAAGAUCCAACGGGGUUAGAAGUCCCAUUUCAGUGACUUGGGCUUCAAAGUGAAGAAAAACAACUUUGUUUAAGCGGCAAUACUACUGCCAGUAGUAUUUCACCUUCACAUUUCUUAGGAAUUUCGUCUGGGACGAUGACAAGAGGAGUCACGUCCGUCAAUCUUUUCUAUAUUUUAAAUUUCUUUUCUUUGCAUCUUUUACAAAGGGAAAUUUCAGCAUUUCACUAAUUAGAGCAUGCUUUACAUCUAAAGACUGUCUACUCUGGACACACAAUGAUUCUAGAAUUCAAACACGUUCAACAGAUUCAAGCAUACACAACAAACACAGCAGAGGAGCACCUCCAAGAAAU